GAGUAUCAGAUCAAUCUCUCUGUCUCUCACACACAACAGAAAAAAAAAAAAAAAAACCUAGAAUUCAUCAUCAUGGCGGCGGCGGUUGCAUCUGGAAUUGCCCCGACGACUGCUAUGGUCGAUCAGGUUCCUAAUCAACCGACUGCUCCCGCGGCUGCUCCUUUCGCUGCUGCGAGUCAGGUUGCGGCUGUUGCUGCUGCUGCGGUGGAGGCUUUGCAAACUCAUCCCAACUCGUCUCUCUACGUCGGAGAUUUAGAUCCCAGUGUCAAUGAGAGUCAUCUGAUGGAUCUGUUUGGUCAAGUGGCUCCUGUUCAUACAGUUAGGGUUUGUCGUGAUCUGACUCGUCGUUCUCUUGGUUACGCUUACGUCAAUUUCACUAACCCUGAAGAUGCGAGUCGUGCGAUGGAUAAUCUCAACUACACUCCGAUCAAAGACAGGCCUAUACGGAUCAUGCUUUCCAACCGCGAUCCGAGCACUCGGUUGAGUGGGAAGGGAAACGUUUUCAUCAAAAACCUUGAUGUAUCCAUCGAUAACAAAGCUUUGUAUGACACUUUCUCGACUUUUGGGACCAUUCUCUCUUGCAAGGUUGCAAUGGACGUGGUGGGACGUUCCAAAGGGUAUGGCUUUGUCCAGUUUGAGAAAGAGGAAGCCGCUGAGGAUGCUAUUGACAAGCUUAACGGCAUGCUGCUUAACGAAAAGCAAGUCUUUGUUGGCCACUUUGUCCGCCGUCAGGACAGGUCCCGUAGUGAGAGCGGUGCUGUCCCGCGUUUCACUAACGUUUAUGUCAAGAAUCUCCCUAAAGAGAUUACUGAUGAUGAGCUUAGGAAGACGUUUGGGAAGUAUGGUGAUAUCUCUAGUGCGGUUGUGAUGAAGGACCAGAGUGGGAGCUCGAGGUGUUUUGGAUUUGUCAACUUUGAGACCCCUGAAGCUGCUGCGGUUGCGGUCGAGAAGAUGAAUGGUAUUAGCCUCGGGGAGGAUGUGUUGUACGUUGGGAGGGCUCAGAAGAAGUCGGAGAGGGAAGAGGAAUUGAGGAGGAAGUUUGAGCAAGAGAGGAUGAGCCGGAUUGAGAAACUGCAAGGAUCCAAUCUCUAUUUGAAAAACCUUGAUGAUAGUGUCAAUGAUGAGAAGCUCAAGGAUAUUUUCUCUGAGUAUGGGAAUGUGACCUCUUGCAAGGUUAUGACGAGCGCUCAAGGUUUGAGCAGAGGGUUUGGAUUUGUUGCUUAUUCCAAUCCAGAAGAAGCUUCAAGAGCUUUGAAUGAAAUGAACAAUAAGAUGAUCGGAAGGAAACCACUUUACAUUGCGUUGGCUCAACGCAAAGAAGAGAGACGUGCACACCUUCAGAGUCUCUUUACUCACAUCAGAUCACCUGGGACAAUGUCGCCAAUUCCAUCACCAAUGCCUGGGUUCCAUCACCAUCCACCGGGAGGGCCAAUGUCGGGACCACACCAUCCAGUGUUCAUUGGCCAGAACGGUCAAGGUCUGCUGCCAUCACAGUAUGGGUUCCAACUUCAGUUCAUGCACGGGGUGCGUCCAGGUGCAGGCCUCAUGAUGCCUUAUCAUCUUCAAAGGCAACAUCAGCCUGGUCCUCGUGUUGGGUUCAGGCGCGGUAUGCAGCAGCACUUCCAGCAACACCAAUUUAUGCAGCAAAAUGUAAACUCGGGAAUGAGAUACAUGGAAGGUGCUGGCAACAGGAGGAAUGGAAUGGAAGCAAAUGGUCCUCAAGGCAUCAUCCCUUUGCCAUUGAAUGCAUCUGCAAUUUCACACAAUGCUCCACAAAACCCACACAAGUCUCUCCUUCCCAUCUCUAAGCUCAGAUCAUCUGACUUGGCUGCGCUUAGCCCCGAGAUUCUUGGGGAGAAUCUUUACCCACUUGUGGAGCAGCAGGAGCCAAUUCAUGCAGCUAAAGUUACUGGUAUGUUGCUGGAGAUGGAUCAAGCAGAGAUCUUGCACCUUCUUGAGUCACCUGAAGCUCUUAAGGCCAAAGUUUCCGAGGCUCUGGAUGUUCUCAGGCUCUCUGCCAAUCCACCAGCUGCGGCAUCGGUUGAUGACCAGUUUGCCCUCUCCUCAACCGAGUGAACUUAAGACAAUAUUCAUUUGGCUUUCUUAGGCAGAUGCUUUAAAACUUUUAGGAACUCUUUAACUAGUUUCUCUUUCUCUCCUUUGCAACUUUUCUUUGAUAGGUUGUUUUGAACUUUUUACUCUUAGCACUUUUUUUUUCUAGUUUGGUUUGGAGUCUGUACUGAGUUUAACUCUUUUGCAACUCUAAAUUGCUUCAAAACCUUUUUUACA